AUGGGGGUGAGGCCGGGAGGGGAGAGACAGAAAGAGGAGGAGGCUGAAAAUGACAUGGGUGAGGACUGCCGUGGAACUGAUGGAAAGUGCAGUGGUUUUCAAAGGAGGAGAAAGCCUGAAGGCAUUGAGUUCAUGGUUUGCAUUAUGAAGUAUGAGGGGGCUGACCUCAAGGUGACUGACCGAUCUGUCAACACGAUUCCUUGGGAAGAUGCUCCUCUCGGCACCUCAUUCCAACGUGAUGGCACAAAGGCAGAUCCUCUCACAGAUUACGCCGCCAGUGCCAGGUGUGGAGAGGCCAUACGGCCCUGUAAUGGAGAACGUGGACUCUGGCCCCAGGCAGCUGGGGCUGGAAUCCUGUCUCUGCCACUUAUUAGCCACCACGCAAAGCUGGACACCCAACUCCGGAACAAAGAGUUUUACAGGCCUACCCCCAGCCCCAAUCCCAAGCUAGAAGAUGGAUACCCUGCCUUCAAAUGAGCCCACAUGACCGCCAAAGACCUGGGGCAACCCGGCUUCUUCCCACCACAGGACCAUGUGGCUCCAGCAGAGGAUGAAUGCAGGUUUGUCAGCAUCUGUCCUUCCGUGUACCCAGCUUCCCACACCCUGUACCUGGCCCACGGCGAUGCCAACCAGAUCACGAGUGCCGACUUCCCCUGCCUUCUGGAGCCCAAGUGCCAGCCUGCUGCAGAGGCGAGCAAAGGCUACUUUCUACUGCCUGGCUGUGCCUGUCCUUAUCACUGUACAGUCAAGGUCCCCAUCUUGAACCGAUGGGGACCCUUGAUGCCAUUUUACCAGUAG